AUGUCGUCUUUAUCUUUUACAGCAUCAACUAACAAAUUAAGUCGUGAAGAUUAUCGCCGUCAAAAAGAUCUUGAGGCGGCAAGAAAAGCUGGUACUGCUCCUGCAGAACAAGAUGAAGAAGGAAAAGAUAUUAAUCCUCAUAUCCCUCAAUACAUCGCCAAAGCCCCAUGGUAUCUAGACACUGGACGACCAACUUUAAAACAUCAGAGGAUUCAUGCUACUGAAGAAGAAGAACAAAAAGAUAAUAAUCAAUGGUACGCGCGUGGUCUUCGUGCUGGUCCGGCUGCAACAAAAUUCAGAAAAGGUGCUUGUGAAAAUUGUGGCGCUAUGACUCACAAAACAAAAGAAUGCAUGGAUCGUCCAAGGAAAACUGGUGCUAAAUGGACUGGUCAAGAUAUAAAACCUGAUGAAAUAAUUCAAGAAAUUGAUUUAGAUUAUGAUGCUAAAAGAGAUCGUUGGAAUGGUUAUGACCCUUCGGAACAUUCGAAAAUUUAUGAAGAAUAUGAAAAAAUUGAAGAUGCAAGACGUAAAAUGAAAGCUAAUGAACUUGAUAAACAAAGUACUACUGAACUUGUUAAAAAAACUGGUGAUAGAAUUGCUGCUGAAUUUUCAAGUGAUGAGGAGGAAGAUGAUGAUAAAUAUGCUGAAAAAUCUGAUAUGCCUGGUCAAAAAGUUAAUACAAAAACAAGAACUACUAUCAGAAAUUUGAGAAUUCGUGAAGAUACUGCAAAAUACUUGAGAAAUUUAGAUAUAAAUUCGGCUUAUUAUGAUCCUAAAACUCGUUCUAUGCGUGAUAAUCCAAAUAAAGAUAUUGGUGCUGAUGAUACUUUUUACGCUGGUGAUAACUUUGUACGUUAUACUGGUGAUGCUCCAAAAAUGGCCAAUCUUCAACUCUUUGCUUGGCAAGCUUAUGAAAAAGGUACUGAUGUUCACUUACAAGCAAAUCCUACUCAAGGUGAACUAUUACAUCGUGAAUAUCUUCAAAAAAAAGAAAAACUUAAAGACACUAGCAAAGAUUCGAUUUUGGCAAAAUAUGGUGGUGAAGAUCAUUUAAAUGUUCCACCAAAAGAAUUGUUAUUGGCUCAAUCUGAGCAAUAUGUUGAAUAUUCAAGAACUGGAAGAAUAAUAAAAGGCCAAGAACGUGCCAAAGCCAAGUCAAAAUACGAAGAAGAUGUCUUCAAUAAUAAUCAUACUUCUGUAUGGGGAUCAUAUUGGGCUGACG